AUGGCAUCCGAGGUCUCUGCAUCGCAGGGGGUACCAAAACCCAAGAUUGAUCUGUCCAAGAAACUUUCAGAACUGCGUUCAAACCGAAAGUCCCAACCGGCGCUACCUUCCCGCCCGUCCAGAGAACCUGCUCCAGUCACCCCGCCGCUUUCUAACCCUCCGGAUCUAUCCUCCCACCAAUAUGCACGCCCAGUUUGCCGAAUCUUAUCAAACCAUGACCAUCAGUUGUUCCUUUCCUCGUCAUCAUAUUCUCUAAUCCUCGCCUUCAUCUUCGGUCUCUCCGAUUCGGUUCGCGGGCGUGCAACCACAGACUCGAAAGAUCGUCCGGUUUCGCCCAACGUCUCCAAGAUCCUCGCCGUUGUUGAAUCCAUCCGGACACUUCUGGAUCAACAUCCUUCUAUCGACCAAGGUGGCUCAAGAUUCGGUAACCCUGCUUUCCGCGACUUGUUUGACGAUGUUGCCGCGCAGAGCGCAAAGUGGCACAGGGAGAUCCUUGGUAUUCAGGAUUCGACCGCCAUAGAAGAAGCAUCAGCAUAUCUCAUACACUCCCUGGGCUCGCGAGAUCGUCUAGACUACGGUUCGGGCCAUGAAUUAAAUUUUAUGAUGUGGCUGUUAUGCCUACGCCAGAUGCAGCUAUACUCAACCGCAGACUUCGAGAUGAUCGUAUUUCGAGUGUACGUUACUUACAUGCAUCUCAUGCGUGACGUCCAAUCCGCGUACUACCUGGAACCGGCAGGCUCUCAUGGUGUAUGGGGUCUUGAUGAUUACCACUUCCUUCCUUUCCUUUUCGGGGCCGCCCAGCUCGUGGAACACCCCUACAUAACCCCGUUGGCAAUCCAUAACAACGUAAUCCUUGACGAGGAAGGGGAUAGAUACAUUUACCUAGACCAAGUGCGGUGGGUAGAUAGUGUGAAAACCGUCAAGGGUCUACGAUGGCAUAGUCCUAUGCUAGACGACAUCUCAGGGGCCAAGAACUGGAGCAAGAUCGAAAGCGGGAUGAAGAAGAUGUUCGUCAAAGAGGUCCUGGGUAAACUACCCAUCAUGCAGCACUUCUUGUUUGGCAGCCUGAUACCCGCAGCGCCAGGCAUGGGGGAGGCAGACGAUGUGCAGACGGACGGGCACGAUCAUACCCACAGCCACGACCACGCUCACGCCCAGCACACCGAUCAUUUUGGUGACUGUUGUGGAAUCAAGGUUCCGAGCACUGUAGCUGCAGGAGCGGAAGCGCGCAAACGAGGAACAGGCUUGCGGCCAAUCCCCUUUGACUAG